CGUGUGUGCGCGAGCUCUAAUGUCAUAGUAAGUAUAUUACAUGCGUCAUUUUGUGACCUUUUUUUGCUUUUUACAUUAAACACAGGCUAUUAAAUAGGAGCAAGCUAUAAUGGUUUAGUAAAUUAAGAUGAAAAUGUCUCUGAGUGCUUGCGUCGUAGUUGUGCUGUUUUAAGUAACUUUGUAUCGACGUUAGCAGGGCAAAACCUUUUAAGAAGAUAGAAAAUGAGUGAGGAUGUGUAUGAGGUCCCUGAGGGGACAGAGUAUCGUUAUCUAGUGCAGGAUGAAGAGGAGGAACAGAUACAGUACGUCCGUCGCCACUACGUCAGUCCAUUCCUGGUGGUGUCACGCAGAUGCAUGUUCCUCAUCGGCUGUGGCGUGGCCAGUCUCCUCUUUCUCGCGGGAUACCUGGCUUAUGUGGCUGUGAAUCCGCCUCCAGGGGUGGCAGAGGUGAAGACGGAGUGCGGUUUGCUGCGUGGGCGCUGGAAAGAUGGAGCGUACUCUUUCAAGGGCAUCCCGUAUGCUGUACCGCCAGUGGGUGAACGUCGUUGGCGUCCUCCGGCGGAUCUAGUGGAGGCGGGACGGUGUUGGGAAGGUGUGUAUGAUGCUACUCGAUUCCGCAGCAUCUGUGCACAGGUGCAACCCCUUCAAAAAGACGGGCAGGUCAUGGGACAGGAGGACUGUCUGCAUCUCAGCGUGUGGACUCCGAGUCUACAGCCCGCAAAACCCCUGCCCGUCAUGGUGUGGAUCCACGGAGGGUACCUCCACAUGCUGAGUGGCCAGGAGAAAGGCUACUCCCCCACUGAAAAGCUGGCGGCCCGCACGCAGAUGGUGUAUGUCAGUCUGAAUUACAGACUCAAUGCUUUUGGCUUUAUGGCCCUGGAAGUGCUCAGAGAAGGCUCUCCCACCAACUCCUCUGGGAAUUAUGGCUUCAUGGACCAGAUCCAAGCACUUCAGUGGGUCCAGCAGAAUAUCCAUAACUUCGGUGGCGAUGCAGGGAGAGUUACCAUAUUUGGUCAAAGCUCAGGAGGAACUUCGGUUUGGACCUUGAUGAUGUCUCCACUAGCCAAAGGACUCUUUCAUCGUGCAAUUGACAUGAGCGGCUCGUAUGUGUAUAAUGCUUCCCUGGAGUCAGCAGAAAAAGACAACUUAGAAUUCCUGAGGAAAACUGGCUGCAAGGACGCCAUCUGCCUGAGAGGGCUACACAUCACUCAAGUCCUUCAGGCAAUCCCGUGGCAGGAGUACCCAUCAUGGGCAGCCGAUGACUUAGUCGAUCUUCCAGUCAAAGGUAAAUUUGUUGGUCCAGUUGCAGUAGUUGAUGGCCAUGUUCUCACUGCUCCUCCGUUUGAGACCUGGGAGAAGGGUGGAGCCUAUAAUGAUGUCCCAUUUGUGGUUGGGACAACUGAACAGGAGACUGAUUUUAGUCCUCCAUAUAAAAACAUCUCUACAUGGACAUGGGGGGACUAUCGGUGGAUUGUGACAAACAAACUGACCCCUUUUGGAAAGAACCUGACCGAUCAGGCGCUGAGGCUGUAUAAUAGCUCAGCACCGUGUCCGACCUCUGAUCGGUGUCCAGAGAGGCUCUUCACCACCAUGGUCUCUGACAUGAAGGCCACCUGCCCCAGGAACGACCUGGCUAAGAGAGCUUCAGAUGCUUUAAAGAGCCCAGUAUACCGUUAUCUGGUGACUUACACUCCAUCAAAACAGGCAAACGCCUCCAGCUGGCUUCUCUUCCCCAGUCGCUUUGCCUUUCAUCUUCUAGACAGCCUGGCUUUCUUCAGGGGUCUUGAAAUGGUGCUAGGGACCCUGUCACCAGCUGAUAUGAACUUCCAGGAAAUGAUCACCAAGUAUUUUGUACAUUUUGCCAAAGAGGGUAGGAUGCCAGAGGAGUGGCCGGAGUUCCCCUCACAUGUCGCCCUGUUGGACAAGAGCAUUUCUUUUGUAAAGAGCUACUCUAGAGAGAGGUGUGAUCUGUGGGAGCAGAACGGCUUCUACUCAUACGCCUGGAUCAACUGAGCCUCAUCAUCAUCAUCAUCGGUUGUAUCGAUCCAUCCACUGCAUUUUCAUCUGAUCAGCGCUUUAUUGUGUGAUUAUACAGUACUGACACAUUUAUAAGACUUUGCAGAGUGUGGGGUGAAUUUUAUGCGCAGUUGUUUGCACCUACAGGAAAAUGGGUCUGUUUCCAUAUAAAAGCAAAAUCGCAGAGAUCUCUUCAAUGUCUCAAUUCUUUCUCCUAGAGAGCAAAGAGCUUAAACUGAACUCAAACAGAGACUCAGAUCUUUCUAAUGGUGAAAAAUAUCCCAGAAGAGAUCUCAGACUGUAUAUUUUCCACUAUAACAAAGUCUACAAAGUUAGACCACAAUAUGAAUUUAAACAUUUCUUAUCAUAUUUUUCCAAGACAAAAUUAUGGGCUAUUUUAUAGCUCUUUUUUCUUACUGUAUGUCAACAUGUCUUGUUUUAUUUUGGGGCAAACAUCUAAAAAAACUGAGCUGUGAACGUGCAACUUCUGAGUUUAAAGGGUUAGUUCACCCAAAAAUGAAAAUUAUGUCAUUAAUUACUCACCCUCAUGUCAUUCUACACCCGUAAGACUUUUGUUCAUCUUCAGAACACAAAUUAAGAUAUUUUUGAUAAAAUCCGAUGGUUCAGUGAGGCCUCCAUUGCCAGCAAGAUUAUUUCCUUUUUAAAUGCCCAGAAAGGUACUAAAGACAUAUUUAAAACAGUUCACGUGGCUACAGUGGUUCAACCUUAAUAUUAUAAAGCGACAAGAAUGCGCCAAAAAACAAAAAAAACAAUAUCUAGUGAUGGGCGAUUUCAAAACACUGCUUCAUGAACCUUCGAAACUUUACGAAUCUUUUGUUUCGAAUCAGUGGUUCGGAGCGUGUAUCAAACUGCCAAAGUCACGUGAUUUCAAAAAACGAGGCUUCGUUACGUCAUAAGUGUUUCGAAAUUUCAAUGGUUCACGUGACUUUGGCAGUUUGAUACACGCUCCGAACCACUGAUUCAAAACAAAGCUUCGAAGCUUCAUGAAGCAGUGUUUUGAAACCGCCCAUCACUAGAUAUUGUUGAAUAAAGUCGUUAUUUUGUUAUUUUUGGCGCACAAAAAGUAUUCUCGUCGCUUCAUAACAUUAAGGUUGAACCACUGUAGUCACAUGAACUGUUUUCAAUAUGUCUUUAGUAGCUUUCUGGGCAUUGAAAGUGUUAAAUUUUCUUGCUGUCAAUGCAGGCCUCACUGAGCCAUCGGAUUUUAUCAAAAAUAUCUUCAUUCGUGUUCCGAAGAUGAACGGGGGUGAAACGACAUGAGGGUGAGUACUUAAUGACUGAAUUUUCAUUUUUGGGUGAACUAACCCUUUAAUUUCACUAAAAGCUGAGAAGGGAAUUGAAUUUACUCAGCAAGUCUGAUUGUGCAUUUGAUUGAGUGAAUCCGAAGGCUGACUUAAGCCAUAAAUCCCCAUUAUUCAGGAUUUUCCUUGUUUGUUUGUUGCACUAAUCGGCUCCAUUCAUAUAUCUACCAAAUAUAGCCAGUCUGCUGCUUUCAAACCUGUUAUUCUUUGAUUGUGUGACUAAGCAAAUCCAAAGCUUUGACAUGGAUGAGAAGCCAGGGACACAAUGAGGGUCUACAAAGGGAUAAUGCGGCUCUCUGAUCGCCCUCUUUUAAUUUAACUGCUAUGCAAAUAAGACCGAAGGAGGACUUAGGGUUACAUUGAUCUUUUGUUUGUAUGUAGAUGCCGUAGAAUGCAAUAACAGAAGGUGACAUUUAUGUGUGUUUUUGUACCUGUGAUCAAAGGGUCUUUUACCACUCCUGAACAGACUUUGGAAUCAAUGCCUGUGGAAUCAGGAACAUCACACCACCUGGAGCGCUAUCAAACAAAAUCUGACCCAGGAACAGUUGUGUUUUAUAAUACAGCCCCAUUUGCUUGGCAUGGCUGAAUGAAUGGAGAGGUCACAGGUCGCCCUGCCCCUGUACAACAGGAUGAAAGGUGUCCGCUGAAUGGGAGCACAUGAAAGCCCUGACCCUCUUUUUUUAACCCUAUAAAGCCUGACAUAUGAAAUAAUAGCAAAGUUUUGAUCGUUGAAAAUUUAGAUGCCUUAAAAAUGUGCCUAUCGAAUGAUACCGUAGGCUUUAUAGGGUUAACGUCAACCAGGCCAGUCCUGUACUGAUUUCAUUUUUAUUCGGUUUAAAGGGUCAACAUUUACUCUUACUGUGUACUCUCUCUGAAUUAACUAUAUUACCACUCUUGUUUGAUUUGCACGUUAUCUGUAAUGUCAUAAAAUCAAAUAUUGUGUUGACUAAGUCAAAGUCUUAAACAGCUGUUGUGGGGGAUUUCAUUCUUUAUUCACACAAAUCUUAAUAGGUUCUUUUCAACAGGCCACAAUAAAAAGAUUUUAUUCCA